AUGCAGUGCAGCAACACGAAGCGUUGGAGGCUCAGAUGCACGUAUGACCCACGGCCACAUGCCACGGGCAUUCGCAAGAACACCGCCUUCAAGUAUGAGACGAAGGCGGAAGCGCUCGGAGACGCGGACAACUGGACAAGUGAGCUGGAGAAGCCCAUGCGAAGGCGGAGCUUGUCGCCCAAGCACGCAAUGUAGCAACCAGGCGGGCGCGUUGCUAGCAUGGGGGUGACAUGUGCAACAACACUAGCCGGCGUUCAUGCGCAUGGUUGGAGCGUGUUUUCCAUGACAAGUGUAGCUGUGUGAAAAAACGGCAAGUUGCAGUACAACAGCAUCCAUAUGUAUGUACUGGAGAACCUUGACACGAAUCCCGUUGUUUGCAUCGGACAAUCUUGAACAGUAGACGAGUUGUACAGCAUGCAGCAGUGCAGUACUACUUGUAUUGAUACAAAAUAGUAUAGUGUAUUGUACAACCCACCUCUAAUAUGUACUUCUAAUAGAACACAGCAGUGCUCAGCAGCACGCAAGUGUACAUACAAGUACAAAGUGGUUAUACACGCCAGAUCCGAACUUGUGUUUACAAACUGCCUCUAUUUUUUAGAACGCACCAGGUUAUACAGCAGCAGCACGCAAUUGUACAAGAAAACAUUGUGUACAAGUCAGGCCCGAACUUGUAUACAUGCAACCCGUCUCAAAAACAAGGUGCCCAACUCUUACAAGUCGCGUCCAGCAGCAACCGACACAAGGGCAUACCGCACCCACAGAUAAACACAGACACCAACAUUGGCUUAGAGGGGCUGCCGUAUUGCACGACGGGAGGCUGUGUGUUUUGCAGAGUACAAGGAUUGACAUUCACGGGUUAUUCUUCAAUUUGAGUAACGGUCCUCUAGCAGGCGCUCUUUGUGUUUUUCUACCAAGACACGGUCCUUGUAUCCAAGCUCUAUCGUACAGUUUAAUUAACAGCCAUACUAUCGCCGUAUGUUCCGGUCUGUCCUCCGUUAAAGUUACCCCCCACCGGUGUUCAGGCACGACGCCGAACUGCGAAGUCGCCAAGAAGUGUGCCAUCCAAAAACAAGCGGAACGCGCCAGGGCUUUGAGGGGGUUGCAGCAGGAGGCCAGAAUCCUGAUGCGCCUACGCUGCAGCAGGUUGCGUAACGCCGGACUCGGGCGCCGGGCGUUUGCGUACGUCAGGCGCGAUCGCAAUUCAGAACAGCGGAGGAGAUACAUGGAGCGGCGGAUUGCAGAGUGCGACCAGGAGGACGCUGCAAUGGACGCACAGGCCGUGGCUAUGUUCUCCCCGCUAACGAAGGGGCAACACGUCACGCUGGUGGAGCCUCACGAGCAGCCACCCCCGGUGACUGAU